AUGGGCCUCCUCAGCCUGCUCGCCCUGGGCGUCACCCACCCCUCGGAGCUCCGCUCCAUGAUUCACUACAAGGUGUGGCGCGACCCGCUCAACGACAUCAAGCAGAACCCCGAGGCAUCGGGCUGGAACCGCCCACAGAUGCAGGAGUGCUGGACCUUCCUCGACCAGACCUCGCGCAGCUUCGCCGCCGUCAUCAAGGAGCUCAAGGGCGAGCUCAGCCGCGUCAUCUGCAUCUUCUACCUCGUCCUCCGCGCCCUCGACACCAUCGAGGACGACAUGACCAUCCCUGCAUCGAAAAAAAUCUCCCUGCUCGUCGACUUUUACAAGGUCCUCGAGCAGCCCGGCUGGACCUUUACCGAGAGCGGCCCCAACGAAAAGGACAGGCACCUCCUCGUCGGAUUCGACAAGGUCAUCGCAGAGUACCAGCUGCUGCGCCAGGGCUACCGCACCGUCAUCUCCGACAUCACCGCAAAGAUGGGCGCCGGCAUGGCCAGCUACAUUGAGGCCUCAUCGUCGUCGCCCCUCAGCGUCGACCGCUGGCAGGACUUUGACCUCUACUGCCACUUUGUCGCCGGCCUCGUCGGCGAGGGCCUCUCCCGCCUCUGGUCCGAGUCUGGCAUCGAGCGACCCUGGAUCGGCAACCAGCUCAAGCUGAGCAACCACAUGGGCCUCUUCCUGCAAAAGACCAACAUCAUCCGCGACUAUGCAGAGGAUUGCGACGAGGGCCGCUUCUUCUGGCGCGCUCGACUACCUCUCGCUCCUCAAGGAGCAGUGAUGGCCAUCGCCACCAUCGAGCUCAUGUUCCAGAACCCCAAUGUGUUCAAGAGGAACGUCAAGAUCCGCAAGGGACAGGCGGUCCAGCUGAUCCUCAAGGCGGUCAACCCGCGCGACGUGGCCUACACGUUCCGCGACUACAGCCGGUCGAUCCACAAGCGGCUGUCUGCCAAGGACCCCAACUUUGUGGCGUGGUCCGUCGAGCUCGGCCGGAUUGAGCAGUGGUGCGAGACAUUCUUCCCCUCGUUUGUCUCUGCUGCGUCCGAGAGCCGGGAGCCGGACGCGCGGGCCGCAGCGAUGAAGAAGUGGACCGAGCAGCGCAAGUUCCUGGCGACGGUGGCGCAGCGGCGCGUGCGCGGGGGCGCGGAUCCCAAGACGCUCAACCCGGCCAAGCUGGUGCACCCGCGCGACCUGAUGUCGAUGGAGGAGAAGGAGGCGCAGGAAAAGAAGGAGCGUGACGAGAUGGUCAUGUUCUUUGUGCUGGUGGUGAUUGGCAUCUCGGUCGUCAUGGGUGGCACGGCGCUGAUUGCGUGGAUGAUUGUGUGGUACUGGACGCAGGAGGGGCAGGACCCGCUGACGGCCAACCUGCAGUACUACUAUUACGCGGCCAAGGCAGGCGGGAUGGGGGCGCUGGCCGACGCCUUUGCCACGGUGCGCGAGGCGGUGUCGGGCUACCUUGGCGGGUCAACGGCGGCAGCGGCGGGCAAGAUUGAGCUUUGA